GAGCCCAUAUUGCUUUAACAGUUUAAUUUUUCUGUGAUCAAUUAGAAAAGCUUCGUUUCUUCAAGUGUUAUGAGAAGAACUCGUGUGCAUGAGGAGCCUAAGUUAGCUUCUGAUGUGCCCAUUUCCAAGGGUUUCUCCACAGCUAAUAAACUCACCAUAUGGCAAAAAUCCUUGCUGUUUAAUGGACGGGGCUACACAGUCUAUGAUAAUUCAACAGGUGAACUGAUUUUCCGGGUUGAUAAUUAUGCCUCUGAUUGGAGGGUGGAAAUGUUCCUAAUGGACUCAACUGGGAAUGUGUUGUUUACCAUCAAACGAUCUCGAAAGAAGCUUAGCUUCUUGGAGAGAUGGGAAGUGUUCAGAGGUGAGGUUAAGGACCAGGGAAAGCCAUUCAUCAAGGCAACAAAGGCCUUUGGGGUUGCUAGCUGUAAAGUGUCUUCGGCCGCCGGAGAUGAGUAUGAAAUGAGAUGGUCAGCCCAGGAGGGUUGGUCGAGGAUCUACCAGAUGCCGGUCGGCACAUUAUUAGUUGCCGAGGUCAAUAGGAAGCUGGGAAAAGCUACUCCAGGAUUUUUGCUAGGGAAAGAUGUAUAUAGUUUGAGUGUGUAUCCGGGGAUGGAUCAAUCCACAGCAAUGGCAUUGGUGAUGAUAAAUGAUGCGAUGAGAUGAUCUCUGAAAUGGGCUAUCAUGCAAUAAAACAAAAGGGUGUGGCCUAAUUGGAGGAGUCAUAGCCUGGGGCAGUGAAGAUUUUGAUUCAUUGUAUCAAAAUCUUUGUUCAUGCUCGCCAUGGAGGGAGGCUUCUUCUGAGAGUACUUCUUACCUGAAUGCAGAAGGGUCAAUCCAAACUGGGUAUGGUCCAAGCUAAUGGAUCAGAUUUUCAGCACCCGAUGAAAUGCUUUGAAUGUAGGUAUAUGGUCCAAAGUAACUCAAAAGUGAUUCUCUACAUUUUUGAGAAUACUCCCCCAACAAUACUCCCCCACUUCUCCUGCACUGAACAGACCUGUAUUGCACGUUCAGAUCUUUGUUAGGCCAAAUUCCUCCGAGCGUAAGGGAAAAUUUUUGACAGAGCUUUUAUAAGAAUUAUAUUAUGUACAUUUUCUUCUGGUUA